AUGUCCGGUUCAGUACAAUCCCUCGCUGGUGGGGAGGUCCACGAUAGUCUCAUGGAUGGCCUCCUGGAGCAGUUCAAGCGCAUGAGCGACAAACAGAUGAGCUUAUUCAGAUCCCGAAUUGACGCAGAACUCCCGGUGGAUGACUCCGCUGGGUUUACGAACAUCGAGGACAUUCCUUGUGAGAUUCCAGUCGUGCCGUCCAAGAAGGUAUCGGCUGUACCAUCGACCGCGGCACCCACUACGAUGUUUCAAUCCUCCUCGUUCUCCGCACCAGCUGAUGGACCGCCGACCAAGAGAGCGAAGCGGACUUUCGAUGAUUACCAGGGGGUGAAGCACACGCCGAGUAUCUUCGGCGGCGAUGCCAUGCCAGUUACUCAGGAGACGAAGAAGGCUGCCAACCAGUUGCGCCAGCCCUUCGUUCGACCGUCUUCUAAGACUGGCGAUGACGACCUGCCAGUGUUGCCUAGUUCCUCCCAGGCCAACUCAGGCGAUGAAGCUGCCUCCUCUUCCCAGGCUGGCUCUCAGUGGGGGUCAGACUCGUCGCAGACCGUCCCGUCUUCUCCACCUCCUUCGAGGCUGUCUACACGCAGCAAGCCGUCAGCUGCAGGCACCGCUUCGCAGUCUUCCGCUUCGUCAUCUGCAUCUGCUGUUGAGCCAGUUCGCGGCCUGCAGGCUUCCAGAUAUGCUUCGUCACCCGCGCCAUCACUUGCAUCAUCGCCGCCUCCUUCUCCGUCCCCGUCCAACCAGCAGACGUCUUCUACCAGCAGCGCUUUAGGCGCAGCUAUAGCUCCGAUGGAUCUACCUCGGAAGACGUACCAACCUAUCACCAGGCCACAAUUGCGCUCCAACAUGAAGAACUUCAGCUGUGGUGAUCACAAGGGAGCCCCAUUCUUGGAGAUGAUGCACCAGCUCUGCGCUACGCGAGACGAUUAUCUCAGAUUUCUGUAUCAUUACGGUACGAUACAACUGGGCCACGAAAGGCAAGAUUAUGACGCCAUGAACAUCGUCGCCGACUACGAAGCUGGUUCCGUAGCUAAGGGGGGUGUUGGACUCGGAAGAGACGGCGCUAGGAUAUUCCCCCCCGAAUCGUUUGUCGUCUGCUAUGGCAAAGCGCACAGGGGCACGCCAAUGCAUCUGCUGCCGCCGGAUUACAUUCGACACCAGAGAACAACACUCCCGACAACCCCGCGUCCAUGGUUCAAAGAGGCGUCCGAUAUCUGGAUGGCUCAGAAUGAACCCCCUCCUGUGCAGCAGCGGACCCAGUCGUACAGCAACUUCCAACAGUCCAUCAGCGAUCGCCCCAGGAACAAUCGUGGUUGGAACCCAAGGCCUCGCCAAGCGCUGCUCUACCAGCCGAGAUACGGUGGGCCGAGCAGCUCAAACCACUCGCUCGGCGCGAAUUCCUCUCCUGCGAACAGUCGUGAUACCUUUUCCGAGGGCUGGCGCACCGUACACGGUGCAACCGAAGAGCUUACAGACGUGAACCCUGACCGCCGCCAGUUGUUGUUGGAGGCUGGACAGCCCAGGCUACCCAGCGCUUAUACCGUAAGCAAAAGGGUGUCAAGCUCAACUCCUGCGACGGCAGAGUGCAUGGAUCUGACCAUGUGA